UUUUCUUUUGCUCCGCCCAUAGUGGAUGCGGCUGGCACUUGCCCUUGGUGUGCGCGCUGCGCGAGCUCCAGACGGCCAUGGAAGACGGAGAGUGUCUGCGGCAGCGGAGGCCCAUCCGGCCCCAGGUGGUCACUGAUGAGGCAGCCGUGCAGGAAACCGAGAGGAACAGGUGAGAGGACGGUUCGGCUUCCAGUGUCUGCCGAUAGGCAUCAGAGUCCCUGUAUGGACAAUGGAGGGUUAAUGGUGGUCAGCUGACCUGGGCCAAGGGUCUGCCAUGUAAUGGACCCAGUGCAGGCCUAUGGACUAUACAACUCCCAUCACUCCCAGUCCACAGCAGUUACAGCUCCCAUCACUCCCAGUCCAGAGCAGUUACAGCUCCCAUCACUCCCAGUCCGCAACAGUUACAGCUCCCAUCACUCCCAGUCCACAGCAGUUACAGCUCCCAUCACUCCCAGUCCACAGCAGUUACAGCUCCCAUCACUCCCAGUCCGCAACAGUUACAGCUCCCAUCACUCCCAGUCCGCAACAGUUACAGCUCCCAUCACUCCAGUCCGCAACAGUUACAGCUCCCAUCACUCCCAGUCCACAGCAGUUACAGCUCCCAUCACUCCCAGUCCACAGCAGUUACAGCUCCCAUCACUCCCAGUCCACAGCAGUUACAGCUCCCAUCACUCCCAGUCCACAGCAGUUACAGCUCCCAUCAAUCCCAGUCCACAGCAGUUACAGCUCCCAUCAAUCCCAGUCCACAGCAGUUACAGCUCCCAUCACUCAGUCCAUAGCAGCAGUGCUGCUGGAUAAUAGCCAGACCCAUCUUACAGUGAGGGUAAUUCAUCAAGAUGUGAAUGUGUGGGGGCAGAAGAUAGUGUGUGCAAGGGUAUGACAACAUUUACCCAGAUUGUGUAAUGUCAUCAUACAUACCAGACUGCACACUUUAUUUAUUUUAUAUUUCUUAUGUCGCAGAAUUCCCAGAGUACAGAGUGCAUAUACUGUGACUUUCAAUAGCAGACUUACUAAAUGCACUGCUUCUUAUAGAGCAUACAUUUAAUUUAAUAUAGGGGUUCCCCAAAGUUAGAUCCCCCAGAGGUUUUAGAACUACAGGUGUUUGACAACCCUUAUCUAAUUAUCCUUUCAGUGUAUUUCCUUAAUGUGCCUUUCCUUAAUGUGUAGUAAUCACAACAAGAAUAUUCUUUCUUGCCCCCCUCUGAUUUUGUGUGUGUGUGUGUGUGUGUGUGUGUGUAUGUAUGUAUGUAUGUAUGUAUAUAUAUAUAUAUAUAUAUAUAUAUAUAUAAUAUUUGUUUUGGGAGACCUUGCAGGGCACCUUUUUUUCCGUUUAUUACAUAUUUAACGCGGUUUCUGCACCCGGGCAAGUGAACUAUUCUAAUUGUUUGUUUGUGGUGUGCCAAGUAUUUAUUUAUUUAUAAAAUAUUUUACCAGGAAAGAUACAUUGAGAUUUCUCUCGUUUUCAAGUAUGUCCUGGGUCCACAAAUCAUUCCAUUGUUACAUGUUAAGUGUGUGUGUGUGUGUGUAUGUAUGUAUUAUAUAUAUAUAUAUAAUGGCACUCACCAUUACUGAUACACUGUGAAAUCCAAUGCCGUGAUGCAAUCACACGCUGAAAUAAUAUAGUAGAUAGGUAUGAAGGAUGCACUCUUCGGUCUUUAAAUUUUCCAAAAUUAUUUAUUUCAUUAUUUAAAAUGUGACAAGUUGAUCGACGUUUCGACCCAUUCGGGUCUUCCUCAAGAUCAAUACAUACAUUAAAAAACAUGAUUUAUAUAAGAAGAGAUGUACAGUACUCACCAAUAGUGGUUGUAACCCUCCUCCCCCCGCUCGGAACCCGGAAGUGUCCGACGGGCACCACGUGGGCUACGUGAUGACGUGACCACGUUCAACGUACGUAAAAAACGUAGUUGCUAGGGAACCAAGUGUAAAUAAUUAGUGGUGUAGAGCCGGUAGUACAAAGCUCAGGCGAAUGCAAGUUGUGUGUGUAUAUGACGUGAUUACUGAUAAAUGAGUGUGUGUGCCAUAUAAUAACUACCGGCUCUACACCACUAAUUAUUUACACUUUAAUCUCAUUUUUUUUUAUGGGGCCCAUUGUAAGUAGUCAAACUGUUUUGGAAUGUUUGACUCCUUACCUGCUUGUUUGAAAAGUUCCAAUGCGGGUGACUGGACACUCCUUGCACCAUAACCAGUAAAACGAGCAGUAGUAGGUAUUUUUCUUUUAGAGUUCCUUUAAACACUGGAUUUCAGCACAUUACAUCUGAACUGAAAAAUUAAGACAAAUGAAAAUUCCAAAAUGAUACUACGUAGCGGAGUUGGAGAUGUGUUUUUAUUUUUUUAUUUUUUUUUUUUUAUUAUUAUUAUUAUUAUUUUUAUGUUUUUUUCAGAUCAACAAUUUGAGUCUCAAUUUUCAUGUUUUGAUUUAACCCCUUAAGGACCAAACUUCUGGAAUAAAAGGGAAUCAUGAUAUGUCAUGUGUCCUUAAGGGGUUAAAGGAACACUAUAGGGUCAGGAACACACAACGUAGGUUGAUGGGUACCUAAAGUGCAUGCGCUGCAAGCUCUGCUAUCACAUUAGGAGUACCCCAUAGGAAAGCAUUGAUUUAGUUAGGCCACCCGGAAGACAGCCACUGGAAGUGGAGUUAACCCUUCAAUGUAAUUAUUGUAGUUUCUCAAUAACAGCAAUUAUUACAAUUGCAGGGUAAAAGUGACAGGAACAGUGCACCCAGACCACGUCAAUGAGCUGAAGUGGUCUGGGUGCCUAUAGUGUCCGUUUAAGCUGUAGUUGUUCUAGUGACUAUAAUGUCCCUUUGAUUAUUUAAAAAUCAGUGAUUCGUAAAUAACCCUGUCUUUCUCCAACUUGUGUUCCUACAACCUGAAAGUAAGCCAUGCUAUUUACAAGUCUAGUAUUUCCACUUUUUGCAAAGGAUAUUCUUUUUUCCCAAUGUGCAGUAAUUCAAUAUUGCUAAACCAUUUAAUGCUCAUAGCAGGAGCUCUGAAUGUCUUCCCAAACUUGAUUGCUAGAGUAAUUUGGCGUCAUUUGAUAAAUCUGGAUUAAAAUGUUGGAGAAACACUCCUCUAAUUAAAAGUUGACACGCAAAGUUUUAAAAUUAGUGUUGACUAUUAUGAACCAGCAUUGAAAUGACACUAAUUAUGUUUGCAUGCUAAUCUUGCAAAGAAUGUUGUUGUCCCCCUCUCCCUCUUUAUUUUGGUGGAAUAUAUGCUCUGUCUUUUUUUUUUUUUUGUCAUGUGCAAACUUUUUUUUUAUUAUUUAACAAAAAAAUAUAAAACAAAUUCUACACCGUUUAUUCUCGAGUCCUAUGCAAAAAAUGAAUUCUGUCAGCAUGCACUGCAAGCUCUUGAUAGUUGUAAUCCCUUUCAUUUACCGGCAGCUGUUAUAUUGCUGAAAGUGCCCUGGCAUCCCCUUCUGUAAGUAGUUAUAGCAUUUUAAAACUGUUUGACUUCUUACAUGGGGUCCAACAGGUACUGCUACCUGUCUCCACUACUGCUAAGUGAGAGCUGUGGGUAAGGCUUAGCUGAUUGACAGGCUGUUAUCAGCUGAUGCUCUCAACCAAUGGGCUAGCCUCUCGCUGGGCUUCUAAGACAGUUUGACUCUUUACAAUGAGGGGCACUGUAGUAAACGUAUGGAAUUAAUAACUAAAAAUAAUAACUUAAAACCCAAGUGUAAAGUCAGUCCACACUCCUUGCUUUCUGCAAUUCAAUAAUAUUUAUUAAGAGGCUAAUCAAACAUAAACCAUACAUAAACAUUUGAAUUAGGUCAGUAUAUGUUGCUACCAAACUAGUCAUUCAUUGAAUGGAAAGUAAACUAAAUUAACAUAGUGAAACAGGCAUAGACACGUGAUACAGUUACCACUCCAUUGAUCAUCGGCUGAGAGUAAGAGAGAGAGGUUGUGUAUAAUGGGGAGAGGGAAAUUCAAAGAGCGAGAGCAUGUGCUAUUCACAUGACUUUUAACAGGUUAGCCCUUCCUUUUGCUGGACACACCUCCACCAGUCAGUCCCUUAGGACAGGGGUUCCCAACCCAGUCCUCAAGUACCCCCUACCAGUGCAGGAGUUGGGGAUUACCCUGUUGUGUCUAACAUUUUUUUUUCUUUUUUUUUUUUCUUCCACAAACACCUUAGACACAAUUGAGUAAUCCUUAAAUCCUGGACUGUUAGGGAGUACUUGAGGACUGGGUUGGGAACCACUGCCUUAUGAUCUAACAGAACCAUAGUGCCUUCUGGGGGAAGGGGGAUUGCAUUAGAAGGGAAUGGAGGAGGAGUUUAUCAACAACCCAACUAGUUUUGCCUGGUGAAAGGUCAUGUGCUUACAGAGGACCCCAUUGUUGCCUAAGGGUAGAAUGGGGCAUAAAUCCCUGUAUUAGAACACCAUUACACUUUGUUGGCAUACAGUUUGGCUGUUAAUCAGUCCCCCCACUUAUUACAGGCACCAGGGCAUUCCUCGCACCAUAAGCACUACAACGUGCUGUAUUUAUGAUAUUGCUUGAACUGUUCCUUUAAAGGACCAUCACAGUUUUGUAUAUUUACAAAAGAGAUGGUGCAUAGAGCACCAUAAGCCUACUCUUUGUUCUGAUAGUGGUUUGGAUUUACUGUAAUCUGAAAAUAAUUUUUGUAGCUGUAAGCCUGCCCUUCAGAGCUGUCAGUCUGGCAAGCUUGAUUCUCCUUUUCGGUUUGUAUGUGUUUAAUUUUUUCUAACUCUUGUGUAGGGUCUGUGCAUGCUGCACGCUCUAGUUAAACGGAAUCUCUCUCCGUCCCCCCCGUCCCCCCACACUCCCAGGAAAGAGCGCUAAGCCCUGGACUGUGGAUCAGCUGACAGCUACAUGUAGCCCAGUUCACUGUGUAAACUGAUAGUAUCCGUGGCAUAGCUACUAUCAUUUUUUUAGAGCAGUUCCAUUUGUAAUAUGAGUAGAACUGCUCCCAUAAAUCCGUAUGAACGGAUAGAAAUGUGCUACAGCUUUAAAUGGACACUCUAGGCACCAGAACCACUACAACUUAAACUAGUUGGUUCUAGUGUCCCUACAGUCUCAUCAGUGAGAAAAGGCAAUGUUUACAUUGCUGCGUAACUCCCCAUCUAGUGGCUUUCACUCUGACAACCACAAGAUGGGCUUACUGGAUGUGGCACUGCAAAGACUGCAGAACGUCUACAUGUUUGGUAUGGUGAUGCCGAACGCUCCCCAUAUAGGUGCAUUGAAUGAAUGCAUCUCUGAGGAGAUACUGAUUGGUGCAGAGAUUGCUGUGCGUGUGCAAUAGCCUCCAGUGCUAGGAUUGGCAUUGGCUUCAUCAGUAAUGAUGAUCUCCACCAGGAAGGAGGGCCAGAGGAAUUCUGGGGGAGAAAGGGGGUGCAUCUAAAUAUGUAGUCUAAUACUCUAACAUGAAAAAAAAAAGUUUGUAUUCCUACUGUUACUGUUCCUUUUAACGUUUUCUCUUUGAAGCACAUUUUGUUAAAUAUAGGGAAAUUAAAUUUUUUUGGAAGAGAAGGUGCCACUUUGUAAAUAUGCAUUAAAAGAGACAGAUGUUUGAGAACAGACAUCUGCAGUGUAAGUUAGAUACAAAGACACUGAAAAAUAAUUAAUAUAAAUUCCAGCACAGUCAAGACUUACCGUAAAACAAAGUAAUCCUACUUUGUCCUAUAGUCAAGCCUGAACUUGACGAAACUUGGAAGCCAGAACUCUUGUCUUUUGUCAGUUCCCGUGACAGCUGUGGGAAAAAGUUUCUUGUGGGUUGUGAGGGCUGGUCUACGAAGGGUCUGCCAGGAGGAUCCUUUAUAUACCUAUGUUGUUUUCUUGUGUGUGCAUGAGAGUACAGCAGGUAUUCAAGCUCAGCCAGACACAUCAGGAACUGAAUAAAGAAGAUAAUGGGAUGUUCGAGGUAGAGAUUCUGUUAAGUAUAACUUGCCUGACCUCAGCCUUUAGGCUGCUGCACACGGAGUGUGGAUUUUUCUUUUCGGGAAACUUUGCAAAAUAUAAAGAGAUCACUGGAGGUGAUAGCGUAGAAGUAUUCUAAGCUAUAUUAGAACUCUGUUCUUAUAACAAAUGGAAGUUUCAUGAGCACUUGGCUUGCCUCAGAGAGAAGACCAGGCCUAUAGUACAAACACAUAAACUGUUUCCUAAAAUUGUGAGAAUGUAUUAUAUAUUGUUAGUGGAUUAUUUGUUCUUGAUUAUGUGUAAUAGCACCGACUCCAUAACCUUUAACAGUAAAUGCUUUGUGUCAGAUAUCGACUGUACCAGUUUAAAUCUUACUUAGUAUAUAGAUAGUGUUGUUCUCUGUAAGCUGAUGUGUAACAUUUUGCAACUUUUUUUUCCUGCAGCACAUACAGUGGAAAAGUCUUCAAAGCAACAUUAACUUUUCUGGCACUGUCUUUGCUGAUCCCAUGUUUGGCUGCUAUCUGUUUCCUUGAUAGCCCCAUUGAUCCACAAUAUUUAAGGUAUGUCAAAAUGUGUGAAUAUGCUGUCAUGAUGUGUCUUUAACUUGCAUAAAUAAAUACUUCCUAGUGAGAUUAUCUUAAUUGACAAUCAGUCGUUUGUAGAACUUUUGGUUUGAAUACUUGAUCAUGUUCUGGUAAGCAUUGCUGCUUUGAGCUAAAUGACAUUAGUGAAACCUUCUGAAGGAUAUAUCUAUAUACUCUGUGUGUGUAUAUAUGUGUAUGUAUAUAUGUGUUCUCUCUAUCUAUCUAUCUAUAUAUAUAUAUAUAUAUAUAUAUAUAUAUAUAUAUAUAUAUAUAUAUAUAUAUAUAUAUUUUCUGAUCACUCACUAUACUGCUCUCCUGGAGCCCUGAUUGAAGGUUAUAUUGUGAUGGGUGGAUGUUACCCUCUGCUUGGAAAUCACAGUCUCAUUUAUACAGUAAUUUUCAUUCUGUGACGUGGGUUACAAUUGCUAAUAUGUGUUGCCCUUUUUAGUUUUAUAUCCUCACCUAUACAAUUUUUGGCACGUCGCAGUAUUUUUCCUUAAUCUUUCAUUAGAACUUUUGGCUAAUAAAUUAUGGAUUCUGCUAUAGAUCAGACUGGCUUAAUUAUAAAUGUGAAAUAAUGAAAAAAAUACUAGUUUUGUACUUUAAUAAUUUGUGUUAAUUUAUAACAUUCUUAUUUUUAUGAAUACUUAAGUCUAAAUUAUUUCAUGUGUUUUUAUCUCAUUUACACAACAAUUAUGCUAGAAUUGUUGCAGCCAUAACAUUUUCAUUGUGCUGGAUCUUCUCUUAUACGAAGAAAAUAUAUUGAACUGGAUAUGUGCAAGCAUGUUCCCUCUGCUUUUUGUUCUGUAAUUCUAAUUUUGCAAUAUAUUGCACAAAGUAUUUUGACAUUGAGUGUGAAGUAAGGUCAUGGACAUGGAAUUUAAAAGGAUACUUUCAUAUAAAUCAACUUAAUUUAAAUCUCACAUUUUUAAAUCCAUUAUUUAAAUCAACUUUUUAAUAAAUAUAUAAUAUAUACAUUUUUUUAUUUUUUUUUCUCUCUGUACAGAAGCAUAAUUCUGAACUGACCAUAGCACAUGUUGUGCUGUGUUGUCUGCUAAUAUCUAAAAGUACACUCCAAUCAUCAUAACCAUUAGAACACUCUGUAGUGGUUAUGAUGCCAGGACUGCACUGGUGCCCUACUAGAGUAUGGUUUGACAGCUUACCUCGGGUCCGCUGGGUCCCUGGGCUGCUUUACCUGCAGCUAGAAAGCACUGCAGUGAGAAGAAUCUUGCAGUGCAAGGGCACAUUUUGGCUGUCGCUCUCAGUUAAUGAGCCAGUACUGCAUGGCAGGGGUUGGCACAGUGGAGCUUGCAGUAGCUUCUUGCUCCUCAGUAGGUGGCAGCAGGCGCCUGGCGAACCCCUGGUAAGAUGUCAAGCGGUUUGAGAUUUCAGUACUUGGAGAAAUCUUUCAACAGCUCCCUUUGAUUCAUGACAUUGAAUGAAUGAAAGCCCCAUAGAGCACAUAAAACAGUCACUAAAAUGAGAAUUGCUGGUAUUUCAAAUUUAGCCAAACUGAAAGCAUAAUUUUGACUAGAGAAUUCUUUAAACUCACUAUUUUGGCCUAAUUUUGAAGUUUACUUUGAAAUCCUGUCAGUUCUCACUUGAGUAAACCGGUCAGCUUGUUAUUGAGGUCAUGUGUACAGGUUUGUUUUACUUUAACUAUUUAGCCUGCUAAGAAAUGACUGUGUACUGUGAUUAUAAUAAAUCAAAUAUUUCCAUCAUUGCCUCAUUAAUCCACUACUGCACAAUUAGUAACUUGCACAGAAAAGUCAUUGUAUUGUUUUUUUCUUUAAAUAGAGUCCGCUUCUAGAGUCACAUUUUUUUUUUUUUCUCCACUGUGCUUUCCAGCAUGAGUGAAAUUGUGAAAGGGAUGUGCAUGUAUUCCAAUUGUGCAACUAUGCUUUAUCAACUACCGUAUAUACUCGAGUAUAAGCCGAGUUUUUCAGCACAUUUUUUGUGCUGAAAAACCCCCACUCGGCUUAUACUCGAGUCACUGUCUGUAUUAUGGCAAUUUACAUUGCCAUAAUACAGACUGGGGGCUGGCAGAGCUGUUACUUACCUCUCCUGCAGCUCCUGUCAGCUCUCUCCUCCUCCGCGCCGGUCCGGUCAGCACCUCGGUCAGCUCCCAGUGUAAGUCUCGCGAGAGCCGCGGGGUCAUAGUGCGGCUCUCGCGAGACUUACAGUGUGAGCUGACAGAAGAGCUGCAGGAGGCGCGGAGGAGGAGGGAGCUAAGCAGCUCUGCCAGCCCCCCUCCUCCCCCCACUGAACUGCCAAUGCCACUGGACCACCAGGGAAGGAGAGCCCCCCUCCCUGCCAUGUAUCAAGCAGGGAGGGGGGACAAAAAUAAAUACAUUAAUAAUAUAUAAAUAAUUAAAAAAAUAAUAUAACCAAAAAAAUUAAAAUAAUAUUAACUAAUAAUAUAUAAAUAAUAAUAAAAAAAUAAUUAAAAAAAAUAAUAUAACAAAAAAUUAAAAUAAUAUUAAUUAAUAUAUAAAUAAUAAUAAAAAAUUAUUAAAAAAAUAAUAUAACCAAAAAAAUUAAAAUAAUAAAUAAUAUUAAUUUUUUUAUUUUUUUUUUUAUAAAAAUGCCCACCCCCCACCAAGGCUCUGCAACACACACACACACUGCAUCACACACACACACACUGCACUCAUACACACUGCAUUCACACACACACUGCAUUCAUAUACACACACUGCACUCAUAUACACACUGCAUUUAUACACACACUGCGCACUCACACACACACACUGCACUCAUAUACACACUGCAUUCAUACACACACUGCGCACUCACACACACUGCACUUAUACACACUGCAUUCACACACACACACUGCAUUCAUAUACACACACUGCACUCAUAUACACACUGCAUUUAUACACACACACUGCACUCAUACACACACUGCGCACUCAUACACACACUGCACUCAUAUACACACUGCAUUUAUACACACACUGCGCACUCAUACACACACUGCACUCAUACACACUGCAUUCACACACACACACACUGCAUUCACACACUGCACUCAUAUACACACUGAGUACUCAUACACACACUGCACUCAUAUACACACUGCAUUUAUACACACACUGCGCAUUCAUCAUAUACACACACACUGUAAAUAAAUAUUCAAUUAAUAUAAUUUUUUUAGGAUCUAAUUUUAUUUAGAAAUUUACCAGUAGCUGCUGCAUUUCCCACCCUAGUCUUAUACUCGAGUCAAUAAGUUUUCCCAGUUUUUUGGGGUAAAAUUAGGGGCCUCGGCUUAUAUUCGGGUCGGCUUAUACUCGAGUAUAUACGGUAAUACUCGACCACACUUGUUUAGAUUUUUAUUCAUGUCUGUUUUCUGAAAUUAGUCUGCUGGAUUGUGAAAUAUGCAUCUGUUCAUGCUCUGGUCAAAAAAAGCAGAAUGUUCUGAGGGUUUUUAUUUAUUUAUUUUUUAUUUAUAUAAAAGAGGCGGGAAAUCUUAAAGUUGUCAUGACAGAGCCCUUAAUGCAAUUAAUAUGUUUAUCAUAGAGAUGCAAUAUAUGUUUUGUCAUCUACUCCCAUCUCACCCACCCAUCCCUCCCUGAAAAAUUUGUAUUUGAUAAAGAUAGAAUGUUUAAGAAAUAAUUAUUUUGACUGUGCUUGAAUUUUACUGAAAUUCCAACCCAGUCAAGAGAUAUGAGACAAAAUAGGGACUACUUUGUCUCUGUAUAUCUCCUCAGCCUGACUUUCUUAGACUUGGUAAGGAGUCUAAGUGUUAAUCCUGACAGCCAUCACCAGUGACGCCUGCAGGGAAUUGGCUGUGUCUAUGGGAAAGUCUUGCAGGAUCUCGCUCAAGAGUACAACAGUGACUUCGGCACCGAAGAGGACCUGCCAGAUCAAGAUGGCACCUGCGAAGGACCGGUUCGGUUAAGUAAAUUUGUCUGUAAUACUUAAUUUUUUUUAUUUUAUUUUUUUUUAAACUCUUCCCUCUGGUCACCUAACUGUUAACCGGUGUCACGACUGGAAUUAGGCUGCCUACACCAGGGGCUAAAAGGUAGAUCCCAGAUGUUGUAGAACUACAGCUUCCAUGAUACUUUGUCAUUCUAAAGAAACUUAGUUCUACAACAUCUAGGAAUCUACCUUUUUGGCUCCCCUGGACCACACAACAGAACGUGCAAGAGGCAGAUGAGACUUACAUGCCCACACCUGUACUUAAAGGAUUGCCUACAUCUGUACCCUAAGAUGGGAUGCCUUUUGAAAUAAGUAAGACUUUCAUAGAGAAGCUAGCUGAUCUUGACCGCUGAAAGAUUACCUGACAAUCUGCCACCAGACUGUAUGCUAGCAGUGGUUUAUUAGGCACUAUUUGCAUCCCGACUAACACCAUCACAGAGACCAACAAGCUCAUAUAUGGCACAGCAGUUAUGAUCAUCCAAAUGCUGGACGAAAUUAUCAGACAAAAUCUACUUCCUGAUUAAUGGCUUUUACUGAAGGGGUUAUUUUUGUGUUCGACAAUUGCACAGUUCAGUAAUUUCUUUAUUUUUUUAUACAUUUAAAAAUGUGUGUUGUGUUUUUUUUUUUUUUUUUUUGUUUGUUUUUUUGCUUAACGUUCUUGCAAACAACUUUUUUUUUUUUUUUUCUCUAGUUACCAUGUGCCUCCUCUUAUGACAGGUGCCCUUGAGCAAAAUGUGAAAUUAAGACAAGCUGAACGAUUGUAUGAGGGGCAACUUGUUGGGCCAGAAUCCCUUGCAAACAUUGGAGGUAGGUGCAUUGUAUGAAGAGAUAACCAUACCCCAUCAUAUUUUAGUACAUGAUAAACUUAUAUAAACCCUCUCAUUGUAAUGGAUAAAUAGGAGCUAGCAGCAUGCAACUGUCAAUGUGGAAUGUAGAUAUGCUUUAUGUGACUUGGAAAGGAUUGUUUCAAUAUUGCAAUGAGGUAAAAUAUUUUGAGAAACUUGUUCACAAUUUACUGUAAGCAGUGUCCUUGUCUGCUUUUAUUAUAAUCAUUCAAAUUCUUUGUGUGUAAUCCAUUGUUGGGUAAUCCUUUUAAAACAUUUAAGACAUUAUUUACGAUGUUGCAAUGGAGUCCAAUGUCUUUUAUUGUGGGCAUUCAUUCAGUGAUAAAGCUUCACUUUAUUAAAUGCAAACAUUUUAAAGCACUUGUAAUAUAUUGGUGCUACAUUUAUGAUAAUAAUGUAGCCCUUAUCAAGUUUUGUUUCAGCCUCUUUCUGUUAUUGGAUAUAUCUGUUUAUCAUAAUUUUUAGGAUAAUAUAGAGUUGUGAAUAAUGGUUCUUGGAGAAACAAUCAAACCACCAUAACCACUGCAGAUUCAGGACUUUGAGUUGCUAACAAUGCUUUCUUUAUUUAGAUGUGUUUUUCACUGGAACAGCUGAUGGGCAGAUUGUAAAGAUUGAAGAUGGACAAAUUCACACAAUUGCUAAACUUGGCAGACCCCCAUGCGGUAAGCACUUUUAGAUGACCAUUUUUUCAGCUACUACAGCUUGCUGGACAUCAGCUGACACCCUCAGGCAACGAGCUGAAGAUAGUUCCAGUUUAGGAACUUUGGAAUUAUUAAUGGAGGCUGGGAACAGCCCAUGGGAGUGGCAGUUCUUGCACCAUAAUCACAACAGCAAGCUUUAGUGAUUAUGGUGCUUGGAGUGUUCCUUGUAAGGCUUAUGUUAUCCAUCCGUAUUUAUCACUUAGAAUGCAGUAAAUUACUGCAUUUAUUGUGUAGAGAUAUAUAUAGAUAUAUAAUAGUGCUGGGAUUGCUAAAAAUCUAUGAAAUCAAGGAGGGAAUGAAUGCUAGGAGCCCUGUGCAGUUGCGCUUGCAGGCUGCGAUUUUGAAUAUGUGGAGUUAACAAGCAAGUUGGCAUUUGACCCCAAAGUAAUUAUGAACAAUCCAUUCAACAAAUCUAUCUGGAAUAAAAAACAUGCUUCAUUUCACAGCUCACUAAAAUUCCUGUGUUGUGUUUAUGCAAUACAUAUCUACCCCAUCAUCAGAGACAUGUUCGAACAAGAUACAGUAUUGCCAAAGCUUAGUUUUCAAUUGCUAUGAACUAAUGAGUUUCCCUAGUGUUGCAAACUGCUUCUCUUAUCAGCUUUACUUGAGUUGUAAGAAUUCUGUGUUUUUCCAUGAGCUGGAGUAGGGACUGUAGUGAUAACCUUUGUCUGCAUUGUUCUUAUCAUGCACAUCGGGCAAAUACCCUUAAUGGGAGAGUUUUUAAUAUACACUGAUCAAAAUUAUAAACGCAACACUUGUUUUUGCCCCCAUUUUCUUCAUGAGCUGAACUAAAAGAUCUAAGACUUUUUCUAUGUACACAAAAAUCCUUUCUCUCAAAUAUUGUUCACAAAUCUGUAUUAGUGUGCACUUCUCCUUUGCCAAGAUAAUCCAUCCACCUCACAGGUGUGGCAUAUCAAGAUGCUGAUUAGACAGAUUUGUGAACAAUAUUUGAGAGAAAUAGGCCUUAUGUGUACAUAGAAAAAGUGUACGUAAAAAAAAAACAAAAAAAAAACUACGUUAAUAAAUUCUGUCACUCAGUUUACACAUUGCUGUGUCUUUUCUAAUAGGAACCCGUGAAUAUGAACCAAACUGUGGACGACCCCUUGGUCUUCGAGUUGGUCCUAAUGGAACGCUCUUUGUUGCUGACGCUUACCAGGGAAUAUUUGAAGUAAACCCUGUUACAGGUGUGUGAACCAGAAAUUGUGAUACUACUGUGUUAAAUACUUUAAAGUAGAUAUCCCUACUCUAACAAAAAAUUGGGUUUAGGUGCGGUGGAGAAGCUUGUGUCUUCAGAGACACCUGUCCAAGGAAAGAAAAUGUCCUUUGUAAAUGAUCUAGUUGUGACCAGUGAUGGAAGGAAGAUCUACUUCACAGAUUCCAGUAGCAAAUGGCAGAGAAGGGAUUAUCCAUAUCUUGUUAUGGAGGGAACAGAUGAUGGACGGCAAGUACUUAAACUCAUCCUUCUAACUAACUCUUAAUUUGCUUUAGGCAUGCAAUAUAGUGUAUAAUACCCCUAUUUUCAAAACUUUAUACAAUAAUGCAAUUUAAAAAAAAAAAAAAAGCACAAAUAUCUAAAUAUAUAUAAAACUUUCAAAGUUCAAUCUACUUCACAUGCACAGGAAGGGUUGUAUUUAUUUCACGUGACUGUAGGUGCAGAUGAUUGACAGGGAUUACAUCUCCCUCUAUAAAUAAAGGGGCGAAGGGUGUGGGGGGGAUAAAAAAAUUAUAAAAAUGAGAUUUGCAUGUAGUAAAAUGAAAAAGUAUAUGCCCAUCAGCAGUCUCUGAUUUGGGUCUCACAGUUGUGUGUGUUUGUUUUUGUUUUGUUCUAUCGCUUGAGCCACAGCCCAGCAGCUGUCACUUUGUUUGUUUUUUACUUUAUUAAUCAUGCAUUGUGUUAAAGAAUCACUAUGGGUCAGGAACACAAACCCUAUAGGGUUAAAACCACCAUCUAGCUACCCUGGUCCCCUCAUGCCUCCCUACAUAUAGAUAUUUAGAUAUAAAAUCUUACUUGUAUUGAAGUCUGCUGCUGCUUAUUUUGUCCCUGUUUCAUUUAGGCCUGCCUGCUGACAUCAGCAGAAGUGGUAGCCUGAUCCAAUCACAAUGCUUCACCAUAGGAUUGGCUGAGACUGACAAAGAGGCAGAUCAGGGGCAGAGCCAGCAUGAUACAAACACAGCCCUGGCCAAUCAGCAUCUCAUCAUAGAGAUGAAUUGAAUCAAUGCAUCUCUAUGAGGAAAAUUCAGUGUCUGAAUGCAGAGGGAGGAGAUACUGAAUGUUUGGAUGCAUUUUAGGCAGCCAUGACCCAGGAAGGCUCUCGAACAGCUAUCUGAGGAGUGGCCAGUGAAGUUAUCACUAGGCUAUAAUGUAAACACUGCAUUUUCUCUGAAAAGACAGUGUUUACAGCAAAAAGCCUGAAGGUAAUAAUUCUACUCACCAGAACAAAUUCAAUAAGUUGUAGUUGUUCUGGUGACUAUAGUGUCCCUUCAACCCCUUAAGGACCAAACUUCUGGAAUAAAAGGGAAUCAUGACAUGUCAUGUGUCCUUAAGGGGUUAAGUAAACUUUUCAUUGCAAAGUAGUCACUAGGAGAGCUAAGUUACUGAACUGUUUUUCAAUCAUAACUGUAUAGAUCUUAUUUAAAAACAAAAAAAGUAGGCCUGGUAGCAAGCACAUACAAUUUGCUAUUUCUUGUAUAGAUUGCUGUUUUGGGACAAUGAGAAAAAAAAAAUCUGGUGUGUGUGUGUGUGUGUAUAUGUAUAUGUAUAUGUAUAUGUGUAUAUGUAUAUGUGUGUGUGUGUGUGUAUAUAUAUAUAUAUAUAUAUAUAUAUAUAUAUAUAUAUAUAUAUAUAUAUAUAUAUAUAUAUAUAUAUAUAUAUAUAUAUAUAUAUAUACAUAUACAGAAGUGUAUACAGACUGAAACGAUUUUUAUUUUGAGCUAAUAAAAGCUAAGUUUUAUUCAUUCAACUUGGAAGUCCCUGGAGUGCUAUCUUGUACUUUUGGCUGUAUCUGUUUGCUGAUAAGCACCGGGCAAGUACAUCAAGGAAGGUGGAGUGCAUUACUAUUUUUGUUACUAUUUUUGUUUAUAUAUAUAUAUAUCUAUAUAUAUAUAUAUAUAUAUAUAUAUAUAUAUAUAUAUUGUGUGGACAUACAUUAUCGUUUUGUAUUAAAUGAAGAAGGGGGGAGAAUGACAUCAUCAAAAUUGGGAGAUAAAUAAAAUAAUCUGAAUCUUUAUCUGACCGUGAUCUGUGCUUGUAUGUAUUUGGGUAGAGUAUAGCAAUUGCUUUUUUAAAAAGGAGGAUCACUUCAAACAUUGUAAUUUCAAAAUUUAGUCCAGUAAAAGACCAUGUAUAUAUUUGUGGCAUAUUUCUUUUUCCAACAUUCUACUGACCUCAUUCCAUGUGUACAAUGCAUAACUUGGCUUAUUCUCACUUUGAAUAAAACUAGGAAAGAGUAAACACAUGUUUUGACAGCUGUAAAGCAGUGUCCACUUAUCUAUAACAGAGUGAUUGGAUUGAGUAAAUCCUAUAAUUAUGUGUUACAUGCAGAUUGCUGGAGUAUGACAGAAUAACAAAGGAAGUUAAGGUUUUGAUGGGAGGAUUAAGGUUCCCCAAUGGCGUGCAGCUCUCUCCAGCCGAAGAUUUCUUGCUUGUAGCAGAAACUACAAUGGCACGAAUAAAGAGGUUUGGAAUUGGUAUUCUUAUUGCCUGUCUAAUGUCAUAACUAGCAUUAUUGUUAAUGUGUAUAUAGUCUGUUUAACUCCUCAUUUAAGAAAUAUGUAGUUCUGUGGCAGUGAAAAAAAUUAAGAUCACAAUAUGGUGCAGAUCAAUAUAUAAAUAACACGCAUAUAAAUUGUCAUUGCAUCAUUUGAUGGUAAAAAAAAUCAAUUCGUACAUAAUAUGUGUAUGUCUUUUUAAGACUAGCGCAGCAACUCGCUGUUAUAACUAGAACAUAAUGUGUAUCAUCAUCUAAAGAUAGUGUUGUCUUCUAUGAUGGCGUAGUAGUGGCUAGUUACAGCAAACAGAGCCCAGACCUGGCUCUAUAUAGCCGGCACAAACAAAAGCAAUAUCUCUAGGGAAAGCUGAGAAUCACCAGCCCACUUGGAACAUGCCACUGCCAUACAUUAUAGAGUAUCUCUGUCCUGAAACUCCAUCAGCCGUCUAUCCCUAUAGUGAAAAGCCACCAUUUAGGUGGCUUGUCCCCUCAUAAUGGGUUAAAACGCACCUUAACGCUUCAUACUUAUUUUUAUUUUAACGGGUCUGCCAUCUGUCACCAUUUUGGCCAAUCGGCACCUCCUCAUAGAAAUGCAUUGGGUUGGCUAAAAUUGGCAAGGGGGCAGGGCCAUUUAUCAUUUUGGCCAAUCGGCACCUCCUCAUAGGAAUACAUUUAAUCAAUGCAGGAAAAUUCAGCCUCCCCAUGCAGAGCAUGGGGACGCUGAAUGGCAGGAUUGCUUACUGUGCAGCCCUGAGGCAGGAAGCCCCUCCAGUGGCCAUCUAAGGAGGGCCACUUAGAGGUGUCCCUAGGGGCAAUGUAAACACUGCCUUUUCUCUGAAAAGGCAGUGUUGACAUGAAAAUGCCUGAAGGGAGCUAUUAUAUUCACCAGAACAAAUACAUUAAGCUGCAGUUGUUCUGGUGACUAUAGUGUCCCUUUAAAGUGCCAAUUUAAAUGUUAACUACAGGUAUCAAACCCACAAUUUUGUGAAAAUAAUGAACAAUAGUAGGUUUGCACUGAUGGUCAUUGUUUCUCUUUACCUUCACUAGAUAUUACGUGUCUGGUCUUACAAAAGGUGGGGUAGACAUGUUUAUGGACAACUUGCCAGGUUUUCCUGAUAACAUACGGCUCAGUAGCUCGGGAGGAUACUGGGUUGCCAUGUCUGCUGUGAGACUCAAUCCUGGAUUUUCCAUGUUGGAUUUCUUGGCUAAUAAACCGUGGCUUAAAAGAAUUGUAUUUAAGGUAUGUGAUUAAAAUUUAUAUAACUAUAUGCUAAGAGAAGUACAAUAUGGUAUUCUGGUGAUUUGAACAACUCUAUAUUUAAAUACUUGCUUGAAUUAAGAAUUUUAUGUGUAUAAUAUUUCAUCAAAUUCCUCAAUAAAUGAGUAUUAUCUUUGUAACUGAACUUUAACUUUUAUUUUAUCGUGUGUGUGUGUGAUAAGCAGAUGAUGCACAGUAAAUCUAUCUCUAAAAAAUCUAUCUAAUAAAUAGAGCAGUGAAAGUAAUGUGUAUGUAUAUAUAUAUAUAUAUAUAUAUAUAUAUAUAUAUACAUACACAUUACUUUCACUGCUCUAUUUAUUUGAGAUUACAGAAUUAAAAAUGCAUCUGUCUUCUUGUUGCAAUGUAUCCUGAUUAUUUUAUUUUUCCAACAGUUAUUCAGCCAUGAUACAGUGAUGAAGUUUGUUCCCAGAUACAGUCUUGUUGUAGAACUCGGUGAGAAGGGAGCUUAUAAAAGAAGUUUUCACGAUCCCAAUGGAGAGGUGGUUACCUUCAUUAGCGAAGCCCAUGAACAUGAUGGAUAUUUAUACAUGGGAUCCUUCCGCUCUCCUUUUAUUUGCAAACUGAAUCUUCAGGAAGUGUGAUAUUCCAAUAAUGCAACUAAAUCCUAAUCAUUUUACUAAAUGAGCAAAAAAUUAUCUGUUUUGAAUUUAACUACCUUUACAUCCUCCAGUGAGAUGUUUAUUUGCAACCUAGUGAGGCCCAAAGGAAAACACCUAUCCAUCUUGGAACCACCUUGGAUAUUAUUAGAUUUGUGAAUAUGAUAACGUGUUAUCAUUUUUAACGAUGUAAUGUUAGCCAUUUAAACUGUUGUGGGACCAGAACAGCAUAUUACGUUAUAAAUUGUCGACACAUCCAAACUUAAAAGUACUGUAUGUGCCCAAUGUAUGUGCUGAGUUAACCAUACGUCUAAGAACAAACCGUGGCUUUAAAUGACCAUAAUUUGAAACUGUGCAGAUCAGUUAUUCCAUAAGCACAUAAGAAAUGGUUCUGCAUGGUCAUUUACCUGAAUAAAGGCAGUUGGUAAUUUAUAAACUACCUUGAUUUGCCACAAAAGUACUGGAUAGAUUUCUCAGACACAGAAAAUAAACAUGUGAAUGGGAUAUAUUACCCCAGCUUUGGGUAAAAGACUAUAGAUAAAAUAUGUCUGAGGGGAUAGAAUUUAUCUCUGUAUUUUUUAUUUUUACCCCGAUAUUGAAAAGUGAUCGCUCAGGGUGUCUGAUUAUUUGUGAUCUCAUAUCUGUCCUUUUUCUUACUAGUGUUGAUAUAAGACGUAGUCUGGUGCAGCAUUCUAAAUAAACGUGCAACUCUUGCACUGACUUAAUUAAUUCCCUAAUAAAAUUCAACAUCUAUACAACACAUUGCAUACUGUAAAAACGGCAAAGUCAGCCAUGCCUUAUACAAAAUAUUAUUCAAUAGGUUUAAAUAAUGGUCUGGUUUAAAGCUCUGUGUGUGUGUGUGUGUGUGUGUGUGUGUGUGUGCGUGUGUGUCAAAUACUAAUCUACCGAAUCAUUCAAUUUUUGCAGUUAUUUAUAAACUUACAAAUUUCAGAGAAGCUGAAUUAUUGCAUCAAAGUGGAAAAUUCUGCAUCACUGCAGAACAAGAUCUGAAAGACUGCAGUGUUGAUUGCCAAGUGCAACAAAUCCUUAAAUGCUACAAAAGAGAAAAAGAUAAAUACGAAUGUGUAGCAUAAUUUGAAAAUUAUUUUCUUAAACGCACAAACAUGAGCACCUCCUAUUUUGUGCCAACUAUGACCAGUACUGGUGCAUAUAAUAGAAUGGGUUUUUACCACUUUACUCGUUUCCCAACAUUAAUUGAAUCACAUUGCCAAGUGCUGCUAUAAAUUUGCCUUGGUUCAAUUUGAAAUUCUGAGAAAAGAGGACAUUCUCAAGAACUAUGUAACAUAGUUUUCAAAAUCUUGUAAUUGCACUUGCUAAAUGUUACCUCAAUGUUUUCUUAUUCCAUACAAUUAACAAGAAAAAUAGAAUGAUUUCAGAAUUUUGUUAUUGGUAUUAUGUAUAAAUUGUCUUUAUUGGUAAGCCAGUAAAAUAUCCAUUGCUGUACAUAGGGCUCAUUAUGUUAUGUCCUCGCCAAUGCAAGGCUGGAGGGCACAUGCCACACUCAAGUGGUGGAUUUAUACUUGCCAAUGGCGAGUGGACAUUUUCAAGCCCUGUAUACAGAUUGCAAACUCUGUUUCCUAGUAGGUUUGACUCCCAUUUUAAUAAUUACAAUUUAACAGGGCAUGCAGGGACUGCUGUAGCAGAAAUUAUGGAAUGCUUCAUACUUAUCAUAAUUCUUAAUUCACAAAGUAGCCAUGCAUUAAAUCAGAAGACUGUUAAUUUACUAUUGCAUGUUUCAGUGGCUACCAGUCCUUCCAUAGAUUUAUUACAUUGUGAUUAUUAGAAUGCGUAUCUCAACACUUAUAUAAUUUCUCCUUUACUUUUAAGGCAAUCAUUUUCAUUGUUGUUUAAUCCCCCUCCCCCCCCAGACCCCCUUGCAUAAUCCAGUUUGGCAUGCCUACUAGUACUCCUAUUACCUCAGUACUAGAGCUAUGAGACCCAAUUUAUCCAGAGUCUGCUAGAAUUGUAAUUAAUUUCUAUUGAAUUUUAUUGGAAGUCCCUUUUGUUAUAUUCUGCUGGGAGUCUGGCAUAUAUAAAAAUGGAUAGUUUGGUGGAUAUUUUAUAGAUGUCAGUUUUGUUUUGUUUUGAUACAGUAAUUGCUUAAAAUGAACUCUUAGAAAUAGAGAUUUCUUAUAUGUAAACUUAUUAAAUAGUAAAAUAAAGUGAGUGGUUAAUAUGGCUAAAUCUUUAUCAGAGUUCAAUACAAUCUUUUGUCUCUGCUUGUUUAGUAAGGCCCGUUAUUUCAGUACAAGCUACAACCAAGAAAAACCAAUGGGGUGUCUAAAUUGCUGAUUGGGGGGAGGCACCUGAUUUUUAAAUAGGGUAAUUAUGAUGCAUAAUUUGAGUUGUUUAAAGUAAAUAUCUUCUGCAGGGCUGCAUUUACAUAGUAAAUGUAACAUUAUAAACAUACUGCCUUAAGGGGUAAAUCUACAAACCUUUUAAAGCAGUAUGCAUAGUAUUAGUCUAAGAAAUCCUAAAAUUAUGUAGAGGACAAAUCUGGACUGUUUUGUACCUAUUUCAGCAUCUUUUAGCAGUUGCCAAAAGCAGUUAAGGUGACACUAGUUAAAUAGCAUAGAAGGUGGUUGAACUUCAACAAGAAGUGGUUAUAGACAAUGGUUUGGAGUAAUUAAACUUGAAUUUUCAGGACAGCAUAAACCACAAAAUAUGUAUUCAAACACCAUAGGCAGACCGAAAUGUUUACAUUUUGACCCCUUCAGGAUGUUUCAAACAUACAAAUUUUACUAUGUGAUAUGAAAGUGAAUUUGUGGGCAUUUAUAAAUCUUCCUCGAAGUCUCACAAGGUAUGUCUGUGAGUCAUAGCCAGGUAAACGCUAUGUGGUGUGUGUCUCCCAGCCAUAUUUUAUUUAACUCUUGGAAAAGCAUAAUAAUUUUCAUUCUUUCUUUUUUACUAUAACUAAAAUAAAUUGUUUAAUGGUACAUGGGAGUUCAGAUUUUAAGUAUUGGCUUCUGAAUCAUGUUCAUUUUACAGAUCUGUUUGUUUUUCCGAAAAUUUUGGUUGAUCUGUCUGUUUUUUUCUUUUGUGAAGCUUUGCAUAUUAAGAUUGCCAGCACUGUCCUAAUUGAUUUGUACAUGAAUUUGAACAGUUUACAAAGUGUUUAACUUUUUAUGCUCUGAAAAUGUUCAUGCACAAUUGUCCAGUAUUAUGUGAAUACAUAAAUAAAAAUCCAAUAAAUCUUAUUUGACGAAUCCGGUAA